UGCUUGGACGGCCGACUCGGUGGUGAAUCACGCCGUAAUACUGGCAAGGUAGCCAGGUCAGAGUAUGGCGUAGACGGCCUGUAGAGGGGACGCCUAAAGCACGUGAAGGAACCCCUGUCGGAGAGCGAAGAGAUCGGUGGUUGCCCUUCCCGGACUCCGACUAAAGCUCCCCAUCCCGGUGACAGCUAAGUGUUCUUUCCCAACACCACCAAGAGACAUUCAAUUGUCAACAGUUACAAUUCUUUCACUUGAAAUCGGUUUUUUUCUUUGCGUCACUUAGAUCAGCAUAGACUCCGGUGCUGUCUCUGUUCGGGGUUCAAUCAUACUUUGGCGUCGGUCUCGUUGGGUUCCCGAGUCAUUUAUUGUUAUUCGUGGACAUUAUCACGACCUUACUUCUCGUCCAAACCCAGGAAGGCGCCUGUAGAACACCAGGGUCCCUGUCACUAACGGCCAAAAGUCUUCAUCCAAGUUCCCAUUGCAUAAGUCAGCUCUCACGAUGUCCGGAUACCUUCGCACGUCUUUAAGAGUGGCCGGUGUGGCCGCUGCCGGCGCUGGAGCCGCUUACGCUGGACACCACUAUUUGACCACCACAUCUUUCUUCGUCACCACAGCACACGCCGAGUCUUUACCAUCGGACUCCAGAGCUGCGUUGAAGAAGAUGACAUGGAAGGGCUUUACGGAGCUCAAGCUCCAAAGUACCGAACAAGUCAACCACAAUGUCAAGAAAUUGACAUUUGCUUUGCCUGAUGAUGAAUCCAUUACUGGCCUCGCUCCCAUCACAUCUCUCCUGACCAGACACACUCCCGAAGGAGCUUGGAUUCCGGUCUUCAGACCCUAUACGCCAGUGAGCGAGAACGAUGUGCCAGGUACCGUGACUUUCAUGGUCAAGAAAUACCCCAAUGGCAAGGGUUCGGGGAAGAUGCACUCCAUGAAGCCUGGUGACUCGUUGCUGUUCAAACCUUUGCAUGAAUUCGACUAUAAACCCAACCAAUACUCUGCUAUCACCUGCAUAGCUGGCGGCUCUGGCAUCACUCCCAUCUAUCAAUUGACUCGUGCCAUCCUCAACAAUCCCGAGGACAAAACAAAGAUCGCUCUUGUGUACGCCAACAACAGCGCGGAGGAUAUUCUGUUGAAGAAGGAGUUUGACGAAUUUGCUCAAAAGUAUCCUGAUCGCUUCACUCGAUCCUACGUUGUCAGCACCAUCACGCCCCAGAAUGAAAGCGAGUACACAAAAGGUUACGUCAACAAGGAGCUGCUCUGCAAGGUCAUGCCGCACAAGCUGAACGAGCGGAACGUCAAGGUCCUUGUCAGCGGUCCCCCUCCCAUGACCGCAAGCAUUGCUGGUGCUAAAGGAGGGUUUGGCUGGACUCAGGGGAGCCUAGGAGGUGUCCUUGGAGAGCUGGGUUACACCAAGGAAGAAGUCCACAAGUUCUAGGAUGGUAACCAACCAGCUGGAACGUUAUCCGAUGUUUGUAUUACUAGAGCGAGCAUAGAUCAUAUGGGUUUGGGAAGGCAUUAGGCAUAGGUAGACAAUAUCCCUUCUCUGCAAGGCUGACUAAUACUAAAGUGGUCCAUGCUUAAAUCGGCCGAAACAACUCCGUCUUAUCUUCGAUU